AUGCGAACGGAGGUCUUCGUGCCAAUUCCAGAUGACGUCCAGGCCAAGGACGUGACAGUGUCCCUUUACACAGCUGCCGAUGCUGCAGGCGCUCUCACCUGUGCACGUGAAAAAUCAGCUGCCUCUGGAGGGAGCUGUGGAAAGACAUUCGGGCAGGUCGGGCUGAUUGACAAGGAGGCGGACCAACGAUGCAUCAUUACGCUCAUCAAGCGUGAUGCAGGGCGCCUAUGA